GUUGCUAGGAUACACCAGACGUGCCAGUCCUGCGCAAGUCCUGUCUGCUAGUUAAAAAGCUGGUAAUUCAACCUUGUAGUAUCCACAUUUAUGCGAAAAUGCCUGAUAAUGAUGGGGGACAAGGUCCGAAAAGUACGUUUUCUACCUACAUGGCCGAGGGUGAGCAGCUGUUUCACAAGGGAGAAUACGGCAAGGCCACUGAAAGCUACUCCGCGGCUCUGAUAUUAAAGCCAGACGACAAGAAUUGCUUGGUUGCCAGAUCCAAGUGCUACGUGAAGCUGGGAGAGUCCGCGAAGGCGCUAAAGGACGCAGACGCAUCACUCAAAGAGGACGGGGUUUUUUUCAAGGGCCUGCAUCAGAAGGCAGAGGCCCUCUACACCAUGGGGGACUUUGAGUUUGCUCUGGUCUUUUACCACAGAGGCCACAGGCUGAGACCAGAAUUGCAGGACUUCAGGCUGGGCAUUCAAAAGGCUCAGGAAGCUAUCAACAACUGUGUGGGCAGUCCCUCAUCUGUUAAACUGGAGAAUAAGAGCACGCUCUCCUUUGUCCAUAAAGUCGAGGACCUGAAAAUGGCUCAACAAAAAUAUUUGGUGCAUCCACUAAAGAAGGUGCAGAGAAAGCAAGACCAGGAGAUGCCCAAAAAUGAGAGAACAGCCAAGCAGUUACUGAGUGAGCUGUAUGCUGACAAAGAGUAUCUGGAGAAACUGCUAAAAGAUGAAGAUCUCAUCAAGGGUAAGACGCGUAGUGGUGAGCAUCUGCAGGAGCUGAUCUUCACCUGCAUUUCGUAUCUGGACACACGGACGGAGUUCUGGAGGCAGCAGAAGCCGAUCUACGCCCGCCAGCAUGACCGACAGCUGCAGCAUCGGCAGUGGAGCCACCACCAUCUGCCCUCUGACCCCACCUGCAACGUCCUCAGGAACCUGGAGAAGAUCAAUGCUGCACUUAAUGCCGGAAAUGCAGAGAGCAGCUUGAAGAAGGCACGUGAGGUCCUGAAGAAUGUACAGGGCUGGUCUGAGGACGUCCUGCCCAACAGGACUGAAGUGCUGGGGCAUCUCUACAGCUGCCUUGGUAACACUGCCAUGGGUAAUGCCUUGAUGGAUCUGGGAGACAUGGACAAGGCCUUGGACAACCAUCUGAAGGACCUGGAGCUGGCCAAGCAAGGUAAAUUGAUGGACAGUAAGUCAAGGGCUCUGGACAACAUUGGUCGAGUGUAUGCACGUACUGGCAAAUUCCAACAAGCCAUAGAAGCUUGGGAGGAGAAGGUGUGUCUGUUGCGCAGUGGGCUGGAGAAAGCCUGGCUGUUCCAUGAGAUCGGCCGCUGUUACCUGGAGCUGAAGCAGUACGUGGAGGCCAGAGACUACGGCACUCAGUCGCUCGGUGCUGCCAGUGACAUCUGUGAUGAGAAAUGGCAACUCAAUGCAAGUGUGCUGGUGGCACAGGCUGAGUUGAAGCUGGGGAACUUUAAGACCAGUGUGCUCCUCUUCGAGAAGGCGCUGGACCUGGCUAAGGAGGACACUGCUGCCAGAGAUGCUAUCCAGAAGGUGCUAAGUGAGACGAGGCAGUUGGCAGCACUGUGAGAGGAGCCUGGAUGAGCUGAGUUGCCCCACACCCUGUUGAGUCUGGACUAAGGCAUCUUCAGUCCUGUUCAAUGUCUUGGCCCUGGCCUGUGAAAUAAAGCCUGUAUGGAGACACAGA